AUGCAUUUUUUUCUAUUUCUUAUUAUUUCAUUAAUCUAUGAUAAUAUCAAUAGUGAAUCUAAUAAAAUCAAUUCUGAAUCUCAUUCUCUUCUAACAAAUGAACUUAAUUUAACAUUUGGUCAUACAAUAUCUAAACGUGAUAAUUUUGUACUUAUUUAUUUUAAUAUUUCAAAUUCAACAUUAAAAGAAUAUCAAUUUUAUUAUUUUAAUUUUCGUUCAUUUGGUACAUUUAAUGGUAAUGAAAAUUUACCACGACAACGUCUUCUUGAUACACAUAAUUCAUUACGUAUUGUUGGUUUACAUGAAGGUAAUUAUGUAUUAUGUCUUUCAUUUAUUAAUGCAUAUGAAAAAAUAUUUAAUCCUCGUUAUGCUUGUUAUGAAUUUACAUUUGGUGAAAAAAUUCUUGGUUCACAUAAUGAAAAUAAAUCAAAUUAUUUAGCAUUAUUAUUAUUUAUUAUUGCUUUUGUUUUACAUAUUUUUAUUGCUAUUAUACAUUAUAUUAAAUCAAAAAAUUAUGCACAAAAAUUAUUACAUCGUUUUAUUAAUGUUACAUCAAAACGAGAUAAACAAAAAAUAAAUUUUAAUCGUUCAUUAAGAGAACUUGAUAAAGAACUUGAUCAUCCACAUAUAUCAGCAUCUGUUCAACGUCGUUUAUCGCGUGUUACUAUUGAUGUUAAUAAUGAAAAUGAAUUAAAUCAUCGAGAAAAUUCUUUUGAUGAUAAUUCUAAUAAUGAAUUACCAUUAUAUACUUUACCUCAUCGUAAUCGAAGAAUUAGUUUAGUUAAUAUACAAACAAUACCCGAAGAUAGAAAUACAGAUACUAUCGAUAGUGCAUUAUCUGUUCAACAUUUAAUCGAUUCAACUCCAUGGAUAAAACGUACAAAUCGAACAGUAUCAUCAUCAUCAAUAACACGAAAAAAUUCAUUACGUGUAUAG